AUGUUAGACCGUUUUCCAGUAUCUCAGUUUAUUUCUGAUUUGGAAAUUAAUCAGUAUAGAGUUGAUGCAGAAAAUUGGGUUCAGGCCUUUUGCUGCCCAACUCAGGGUUAUAUAAAUUCUUCGCAAAAUCUUGGGCUUUAUCAGAAAGCAGAUAUUACACCAUAUAUGCAUGUUUUUGCAAAAUAUAUACCUUUAUUCAUGCAGCAAUUAAAAACAAAAGCUCUUUCUUUACAAAUUUUUUCUACUUCAAGCAUAGAAAAAAAAAAUCAUAACUAG